AUGCCUCCCGUCGCCGCCCGUGAUAGUCUUCACGCUCGGGACCGAGCUUACUUCCUUCGUCUUGUCCAGAUCGUGGUCCAGAGCCUCCGGAUCGCUCCCGAGCGUCGUCUUGAGCUGGUUGAGCGGAUUCGAGAGCUUGUUCUGAUGGCACCUAGCCGCAUUGAGUCUUCGCUGAUCGUCGGUGACACUGUCUUCUACCAGAUUUGCACCACUCUUCAGCCUCUGUUCCUCCUCGCGAUCGACAGCCUCCUUGAGCACGAAGAUCCCACUAUUGGUUAUAGAGUUGCCGAUGAGCUUGAGGCUGCCGUUCCCCUUGAGGUUCGACUGCCCGGUAGCCAACCAGAGUCAUGGUAG